GUUAGAAUCUGAUACUGUGGGACCUUCCACAGGUUCCUCUAUAUUAUAUAGUACAGCUUCCGAUCAUAAAUCAUCUCACACAGCAAGUGUUAGCUUCUGCAGAUUUCUACUAGGCAUCUUUAUCUUCCAUAUGGAAAAUAGCAAAGGUGGAAGGGAACAAUCUAGUGGAAAAAGGAAGAGCAUACUUGUAGGACCAUGGGGAGGAAAUGGAGGGACAAGCUGGGAUGAUGGUAUAUACAAUGGAGUAAGAGAAAUCACCAUCGUUUAUGAUCGUUGCAUCGACUCGAUCCAGGUGGUGUUUGACAAGAACGGCAAGCCUGUCAUCGGAGAAAAACGCGGAGGAGUGGGAGGCACCAACAGAAUUGAGAUUAAGUUGCAAUAUCCAGAGGAGUUCUUAGUGAGUGCAAGUGGCCAUUACUGUCCCGUCGUUUAUGGUGGGAGUCCGGUGAUUCGAUCACUGACACUGAAGAGCAACAGAAGAACAUUCGGACCAUAUGGAGUUGAAGAAGGGACACCAUUUACAUUGUCCAUGGAUGGAGGCUCUAUUGUAGGAUUUAUGGGGAGAAGUGGAUGGUACCUUGAUUCUAUUGGGUUUCACUUGUCUCGCUCUCAAUCCACCAAGCUUCUUCAGAAGGUUCAACAAAGGUUUCAGAGGCUUACUAGUUCUGUUUCAAGAUCACGUUCUAUUAAUAAGGAUAGUGAAAAGGCUUAUUAUGGAAGAGCAAAUACGAAGAGCAUAUAAAAGCUGUUUAUGUAAUAUGCAACCUCAUGUUUUAUUGAGACCUUGUAUUGUGUAAUUUGGUAUUAUUUUGUUUAAUUUGAACAUGAUUGCUGGACUUACAGAUUAAAUAAAAUACAAAAUGAGUUGCAGAGCAA